AUGGACUUUUUAGAUGAGCUCAUGGAAAAUCAUGAGCAAAAGAAAAAAUAAAUUAUUAAACCUGCUUCUGGCACUAGUGUAGCUUCCGAUAGAGCGGCAAAGUAAACUACUAGUACUUUGAUAUGCGAGACUCACAUUGAAUUAUAUCAAGGAAUUUGCACUAAAUGUGGACAUAUUUUGUCAUAAAAAGAAAUGUCUUAGUAUAGAUAGUUUGCUCUGCUCAAUCAUUAGACUGUUUAAGUCCAUAGAGCUGUCGGCUAAAGUUAAGUUGAAGAGAAAAAGAAGCAUAUUAUGAGAGAUAGAAAACUAGUUUUAGUUUUGGAUUUGGACAAUACAUUGAUUCACACAAGAGAUGUCUAGAAGUAAGACUUGAAAAUCAAAUCGAAGGACAAUGGUUACAUUGCUUUGAUUGACUAGUAUAAAUGCAUUUAUGAAAUUAAGUAGCCAUUUGGUGGUUUUCAUGUCAAGCUCAGACCUUUUCUGGCAGAGUUCUUGAAGAUUAUUCAUGAUUAGUAAAAGUUUGACAUAUUCUACUACACAGCUGGUACUAGGGCUUAUGGUUAGCUUAUAAUUGAUGUUUUUAAGAUGGAAAUAAGUCGGGCUUACGGUUAAGAGAUGACAAGGAAAAUGGAACAAUUGUUAACGCAUAAAAAGCUUAUUAGUAGAUGUGAUUAGUCAAGAUUUUAAAACAAAAACUAAGGUGAAAUGACAGUCGAGGAAUUAUAAUAGCAGCUUCAUGAGGAAAUUGAAUAAUAGGCUUAAGGUAUUGGUGGGGAUUCUACAUUAAAUAUAAAGCAUUUCAUCAAAAGUCUAAGUUCACUUGCAGGAGGAGAUGAGAGCAUCUUUAUAAUAAUAGACGAUAGAUCAGAUGUAUGGACUGAAGUAGUCCAAGAUCCUCAUUCUAAUCAAAAGUUUAAAAGAGUGUCUUAAAAUUUGCUGCUUAUUCCAGGAUACUUCUACUGGGAAACUUCUUAGAAUAGGCUUAAAUCCUACUUCAAAGUAAUCCAGCAAACUUCUGUCUAGUUUGAUUUUGAUUUAUCACUUCUAUUGCACUUAAAGUUCAUUGAGAAGGUGCACGAUCAAUUCUAUGAGUAGAUCGAUAAUGGAUUAGAAGCAACUGUCAAGACUAUUAUAAGACAGCUAAGAAAAAAUCUAUUUGACAAGAAAAUUACUGCUUUGUUUGAGAUCCUUUAUAACGAUUCUACAAUGUCUAAAAGUAAAAUUCUUCAAUAAUACGAAGGGGAUCUUUGCAACUAGUUUGGCUUGAAUAUUGGCGAGUAUAUGAAUGGUGAUAGAGAAUAAACAUAUCUCUAUAUCGUGGAUGACUUUGUAAAAUCUCAAUCAAAGCAAAGUAAAAUAGACUCUAUAAAUUCAAGCGAUUAUGAUGAUCUUUCUAUUAGUAUUGUUAGUAUUUACUGGCUAUACUUAUCAUGCCACUACUAUUACUAGCUUCCAAUAAAGCCAUUUAUCAAAUUAAAGCAAUCAUCUGAAGUCAGUGAGCAAAGAAGAAUCUUCGAUUUAAUUAGUCUGUCUUUGGAAUGCAUAGAUGAGGGUAUGUUUAAUGACUAUAAAAAGAGAUACAAAGAGUAUCAAGAGCAUAAAGAAUAACAGAUCUAGCUUAAGAAAAGAACUCUUGAAGAGAGGAAAGAAAAUAAUGAUUUAUAAGAUGAUGCAAUUAUUAAAGAUAAAGACGAUGUAAUUGAAGAGAUAAAGCAAGAUAUUUUAAAUAAUAAUAAUGAUGAAAUUGGUAAAUCUGGAAAUAUUGUUGAUCAAAAUGAGAUUUGA